AUGUCUGGGUGGGCAUCCGGCUCCUCACGACAUGAGGGCUCCAAGCCAAGGAAGCGCAAUAAGGAUGUUCCUCCCCUCGGGCUCUCGCGCAUCACGCCUGAUAUGAGGAAGCGAAUGGAAGAAGAAUGGAUUUUAUUGAAAGGGAAGUUGUUCGGUUCUUUUGAAGACACGUGGGAGCAUCCUGAUGGUCCAAAAGAGGAGGACUCAUAUAAUGAUGACCCAUAUCCCGAUGAAUCGUCUGAGGAAGGCGCGCACGAUGAAGAAUGGUCUGAUAAUGAACGGUCUGAAGAGGGACUACUCGACAAUGAUUCAUUUGACGAUGAGCCGUCCAAUGAUAGUUCACCCCAAGAUCAGGGGUUCUGGCAAUAUAUUUGUAACGAUCACACAGAUAUUCAUGGGUUCCGAUCAGCAAAUCAUGAGGGAAUACAUCCCUUUGGUCACAAGGGGUUUUUGAGAUUUAUCCUAAUUGCCGUUGAGUACAAUGAGUUGGUUAAUUAG